CUGAACAUCUUUUUUUUUUGUUUUUUAUUUUUACUCAUUAACAGAGUAUAUAGCAGUGUAGUCUAUCGAUUAGACACGCAACGAGAGUACAAGAUGCUACGUAUCGUUUGCUAUCAAUGAAUCAUCGGUAUCAUCUUUGUUACGCAUAAUCUCACUGCAUAAGGGUUGAACAGAUGAUUCCUACCGCUAUGACCAUAUGCCGGCGAAUAACGAGCGGCACGAAUCAUCUAGUGGAUACCAUCAUGAGGUGAAAAUGUUGUUCAUUUGCAUACGUCAACGAAUAAUAUUUAUCGAGGCGCUUUUAGCAGGAUGCAGAGCUUAUAUUUUUAUUUGUUUCAUAUAAUUCGAGUUACUUCUAGCGAAGUAAAAUUGUGUUGCCGCCGUUGGACGAAACAGAGCAUGAAAUUUGCUCGUUAUGCAUGACAUGAGAUGCAAUCUUUUAUGUUGCGGGGGAGGGGGAGUGAUUGUUUUGCAAUGGAUGAAGCAUGGUCACGAGAUAUGUAGUAUUCUGUUUUGAAGUAUUUACUAUUUAAAAAGAAAAUAAACAGUGGAUAACAAUGGCGUACGUCGACGCGAAUGGAAUAAUCUCACGAUAGAGAGAUAAAUCAUUCAUAUCCUUAGAGUGUAAUAAUUCUAUAGAGAAUAAUUCAUUUAUAUCAGACCUUUAUUCAUGAAACUGAAGAAUAGCAGGUAUUAAUAUUAAAUGUCCACGAAAACAGCCGUGUACUUUAAAAAUUGAUCUUAUUAAUUGUAAAUUGUGCAUUCAACGAAGAUCAUUUAAUUAUCUGUUGAACUUCUGCACGAAAUUUAAUUUAUAUUCUAUAGAAAAUAAUUGAAAGAUAAAAUCACGAAUGUCUAUAUAGUGUUCUCUACGACAUGACUACGACAAGACACUAACGUGUAAAUAAUUUUCGCUGGUAUUGAAAGUAAAUAUAGAAUGGGUGAGAAGAGUUUAUUUGCUUUCAAAACAUGAAUUUGGCAAUGAUAAAGGAAAAGUUCUUUCAAGGCUCUCUUGCAGGUUAUUCCGAGGUCCAAAUAUUUUCUUUUUCAUUGCAAAGGCCACUAAUAAUAUUUUAUACUGUCACUUUACAGUGAGAUUAAUUUUAUAAUUUUGACUAUAAAAUUAUUAUUCUAUUUUAAUGUAUUGUUAAAUUAAUUUUACUAACAAAAAAUGAAAUUGUAAUGAAAUACUUGAUAUAAUAAUACUAAGUAUCUAUCUCUAAUACAUUUCUUUAAUAACUCAGUUUAUAUGAACGUCAAUAUAAUGACUGUAUUUAGUCCCAUAGUUUACACGCAAUCAAGAUAAUUAAGACGCGAUAAGUGGUUCACUUUGAUAAUGGUUAGAUUAAUAUCAGUCUUAAAAUUUAGGCAGAGAAGCUUUAUUUCAUAUGUUACGAUGAAUAUCUUAAGCAACGAUAUCAAUAUUUUGAUAAUAAUGAAAAUAUAUGGAAUGUACUGUGUAAAAUUAUUCAAAAUUUCUUUCUGUAAUAAUAUUUUAACGAUCGAUACAACUGGUAAAUGCUACAGUUUCUGUAUAAAUAUUAUGACUUUCUCUUUUAUAUACUUUCAUCAGUUGAUAAGGAACUUGAACGAUCUUGCCGGUAGACGAGAUAGAUAAAGCACUUAGUGCAGGCAAACAAACCAACGCAGUGUUCGUUCGUGUGAAAGAAACCUUGACAAUGUUGGACCCUUAAAGAUAACUUUAUCCGCCAUUGGAAUCAUUGAUAUUUAUAAAGAAGUGAGCCACAUUGUGAUAUCGAUUGUGUAUUACUGCGUAUCUAAUCUUCACCAAAAACUGAUAACGCGUAGCCCGGCUGAAUUUUCCAGAAUAUUUCAUUCCCGCGAAACUUGAUAACAUCUGAAAGACAGAAUGCAAAUAUCAAUAAAAACGAAUGAUCUUGUACAAAAUUCUGGACGAUCAUGCAAAUUUCUAUUUUUCACGAAGAAAAAAUACGCUUAACGAAUAAAAGGUUCUUUUGCUUGAAGAUAAAAUGAGAAUUGAUUGACACUUUAUGCAAAUUCACGUUUUUAAGCGUCGAUUGACUAAAACAAAGAUCAGAUAGCAGUUUAUCACCUCAAUAAAAGUUUGCCAAGAACGUGAUGAAAUCGGCGUUCAUAAAAUUUUAAUCUUGCUGAACCUGCUUCAAUAGUCAUGACUAUUAAAUAUUGAAAUAAGAGAAAUAUCGUGUCGCGUAAUAUAGUUAGAUUCUACCUGAAGCUCUUAGUUUCCCAAAUAAAUUGAAAAAUAUUCAAAGACACUAUUAACACAUUAUCUGCCAGUAGUUAUUGAAGCUUCACAAUCAAAAUCGAAAAUAUUUCAGUAGCAAUAAAGAUCGUGAUUCAACAAAUCAUUUUAGACAGCACAAUCUAAUCUCCUUCCGAACGGUUACUCAAAGAAAACUAUUAAUCCCCUUUCUGAUACAAUGAAACUCAAAAAUAUAUUAUAGUUUUCAUAAAGAAAUUUGGAAAAAUCAGUUUAACAUAUUUCACUAUCAGUAAACUGCGAAUCAAUGGCCUAGUCGCGAUGCCAUCAGUAUAAAAUUAACGUAGUAAUCACUACCAUUUUUUGACAUUUGAAACAUGUUUGAUAAAAUAUCUAUUUCUGUUAAAAAUGACUGGUCAACGUAUAUUCUGAAAAUAAAUGUUAUUUUUCCCAAAACUUUUAUUCGCAACCUAAACGGUUAAGUGCUCGGCAGUUCUAUUGUGAACACUCAGUAUACCGACACUUUGUAAACACCUACAUCUAUGUUACAAAAUAAAAACAUAAACAAAUUGAACACCAAAUUUUUCCUAGUGAAAAGGGAAAGGAAAGGACAAACACAAACUGGUAAACUGAUUAACCAGACGAUACAAGAACUGAUAUAAAGUCAGACGGACGGGAAAAAACUGCAGAAUUUUCCACGAAAUCUGAAACCCGAUCGCGGUACGAUUAGUGUCAAUUACUGUUCCAAUCGCCAUCGCGUAGGUGCACGUCGCGGCGCGCAGAAAAUUCGAGCGUUUGCAGCAAAAAUAACGAUAACUCGGUAGGAAGAAUCGCGCGGAAAGUGGAGGGAGCGCGAAUCGGCUGGUUUCGCCCGUUCACGGCGAAGAAGAACCGUUGUUUGUGACUGGCGAGUUCAACGUGCACACGCGAUAACUUUAUCAGCCGAUCAUCGUGGUUAGGAGCGUCCGGUGGUUCGCUUUUCCAUCGAACGCCGCCGGUUUUCGCCGCAAUGAAUCACGAUUCGCCGAGGGACUGGCGGGCCGGAUCGUCCGGCGUCGCAAGAAGUUUCUCGUGAGGCUCCUCCGCGCGAGACGCGUCAGGUUUUUCGCGAGUCGAAAGCGAAACGUGUCGGCCGGACUGUGAAAAAGAGCGGAAAAGUGGAAAUACUCCGCUCCUCGUCGUGGAACAGUGAUAACGCGAAGCAUUAUAAAGUGUUCGAGCUCGUGUUCACGGGCGAGUGGCGUGGUGCGAUUAACACGUGAAACGUCGAGCCAUGAAAUAAGCGACAAAUCAACGGAUGCGCGCUUGAUCCGCGAUUUUUCGUUACGUCCUUCGACGAAUAGUGUCUCAAUUGCAGUUACGUCAGCCCCGUUAUCUUAUGCUUAACACAGCAGCGUCACCGUUUUAUUUUCGGUUGUGCUCGGGCCUGUUUCCUUCGAUAUUUCCGAAUGAAAGACUCGAAGUGAAAAUGUCGGACAGAAACUUAACGCAGCUCGACGAUCUCGAGAAGAGUAUCGAGUGGGCCAGUUUGGCUAACGAGAUCAACGAUCUCGAGAAGAUGUGUCAUUUGAACAAUCACCGACAUUCCCGGAAACCGGUACCAAAGUACCAGAACUACGAAAGACACUCGAUGCCGCAGAUGCAAAAAGCGACGUCCGUAUGGAUCGACGAUUUCGAAAGUCGUCGGCAAACCACUCCCGAUCAUUGGAACUGGAAGCCGAAAACGGAGUUCGAGAGAAGCUACUUCUUCGAGGAUUACCAGGAUCAGUUCGAAAACAAUAGUCAGAAACCAUACAGCUACUCCGAAGACUACGAAAAGGACCAUGGGAAAUCGAUGAACGAAGAGAAACUCUCGAACUCAAACUACAAGGGAACCAGAGAAAGGCUUCACGAGAUCUUCGAGAGGAACAGGUACCUGAGAAGACAGUUCUUCUCCAAUUACGUCACCGACAUUCCCAAAGACUUCGAGAACAGACGAAAAUACAACAACAUGGGAUUCGGUAGCACGGAGACGCUGACUAGUCAAAGCAACCAAUCAUCGAUCAGCAGCAUAGACAGAAAGCCUCGAAGUCGGGUGAACAUCACGCCGGAAUUGGAAACAGGAACCUCGCCCAGAGGUUACGCAAAAAACACCUCAUCCAAUUUCCGUGACGUCCAAAAAGAUUGUCUAAGUCCACGCGAUGUCCCCCGAUCGGACUUGCAGCAUCAAGAAAUCGAAGAGCUGAAUCCAGAGGACGCGAAAGAGAAAGAAGUUACCGAAAAUCGUAUCACCGGUCAAUCACCGAACCGAAUUUACUCGGGUGAUCGAUGCCAGAAGGUUUCAAGAAAUUUCGAAAAUACGGAGAACGUCUCGCCCAACACGUCCCUCGAUAACGGCGACGACGGAAUGACAAAGAAACUUGGCGAAGAUUCCGAAAACAAGGAGUUAAAGCCGAAAAUCCGGGACUUCGAUUUCAAAUCUCCCGCGCGAGCGCGCAUUGCGCGGGAAAAGUCGAAUGAAAUCGGUGCGAGCUCACUGAAGGAAGAAAGAAGCAGCUAUUGCCAGCAGAAUCUUUGCAAAUCGCUGCCGAAUUUGUCUGCUUCCCUUUCCCAGAGCGAUUUCAUCGAGGACAGUGCUUCUCCUGUUAAGCGUGGCGCCGAUUCUGGCGGGAAAUUCGAACGUAGCUACGAUCGUUUCGCAUCUCAGGCUGAUCUGCCGAGUCUCUCGCACGGUAUGAGCUUGCGUAGAGUGAGGAUCACGAAGAUCCCGGCUCCCUUGGACUUGUCCAAGGUCAACGAGCGAUACGAGCAGCUGCAGGCACUGGAAAACGUCGACGUGUCUUUGAUUCGAGAUUACGACCGUCCUCUAAACGGAUUAGCGACGGUGAUCAAGGACGAGUCUGACGACGACUUCCGGGAAGGUUCGUUGACUUACAGAGGGGAAAACAGGGUCGAUCGUAGGGCCGCGGAAGAAUUGCAGUCGCCUCAGCUGGUGUACAAUUCGAAGAGUUCGGUGCACGAUCGCCGGACCAACACGAACGCGCGGAGGCCACGGCCGGCCGAGUUCACCAGGGCUUUGUCCGAUCAGGAUGAAGACAAUGUUUGGGGGAGUCGUGGAGCUGCGACGCCGUAAAAUCGGCGGAGCUAC